AUGGCUUCUGCUCUCAACUCUGCGGUCAACGCGUCUGGCAAUGCCAGCGCGGGCGCCCCCAACCCUGGCCGAUCUACUCUGAGAUCCAGUAAUAGCAAGGGGUCCGACAACCGACGACAGUCGGGCAGCCCUGGAGAUGGCGGACAACGGCGCACAAACUCCCACAAGGCCUGGACCCAAGGGACCAACCCCAUCACCCAACGAUCUUCAUACACUUCAUCGAACGGCAACGUGACCCAUCAGAAACAGUCUGGGUCUCCAAGACCCAACAAGGAGUCCAACACCCCUGAUAGCCAUGCUCAUGAUCGCCUCGUCUUCUUAUUCGCCAGCUUCAUUGGCCUACACACCACCAUUACUACCAAGACUGGAGAGAAGUUUACUGGUAUCUUCUCUUCCUCAACCAUGGAACCUAACGAGCUUUCUUUCCUGCUCAAGAUGGUUCAGCGAACCUCGCAAGAGGGCCAGCCCCGAGCAAACGGCGUCAGUGAUGUCGCAACUCCGUACAUAGGCCCCGCGCCCGAGCACAUCAUGUCGUUCGAUAUUAAGGAUGUCGUCGAUAUCUCCGUUCCAAACGUUACCACGGCCGAAGUUUCAGCCAAGGAACCAAACGGUGCUUCUCAAGGUUUCAGAACAGAUAGUGAUAUCUCUGGAAACCUAGCUAUGCGCGAGCGCACCUUGCAGCGCUGGGAACCUGCCGAAACUGACAUUGAUAUGUCCCUUGACACGAGUAACACUUCCGCGGGAUGGGACCAGUUUGAGGCAAACGAGCGUCUCUUCGGCGCCAAGACCAACUAUGAUGAGAAUAUCUACACCACUCGGCUUGACCGGUCGGAUCCCAACUAUAAACAGAAGCAGGCGGAAGCAGCUCGGAUCGCCCGUGAGAUUGAGGGACAAGAUGUGGAAAACUCCCACAUGCGCGAGGAGCGUGGCCUUGCAGCGCCGGAUACUGGCGACCAAGACGAAGAAGACAAGUACAGCGGUGUUCGCCGCGAAGAAAAAGCCUUCCCUCCCUUGGUUUCCGGUCAACCAAACAAGUACAUGCCUCCCGGGCGCCGCCAGGCAGCUCCCCAGCCUGCCGCGACUCCCAGUGCACCCGUCAAACAACCUAUUGCUUCUCCUGUCCCCACUGCUCCUAUCCCGGUACCCUCUCAGACUGCGGCAAAGGAGGCUGCACCAUCAGACAAGCAAGCCGAGCUGGUUGCAUCGCUGCCACCCCCAGCAGAUGUUGAACAAAAGAGUACCCUGAACAAGGGUAUCACUCCCGCAGUACCCACUCCAUCCGCUGUACCAACCGCAAAGCGAGCUGCACCUGAAAAUGCGACUGCAAACGUGGAGGUAGAGGUGCUGGAUCAUUUCCGUCAGUUCGCAAAUAGCGAGAAAAUCAAGAUGCAGGAGCGCCGUCGCAACCAAGCCUCGUAUGACCGAACCAUGAAACUCAACGAGCUGAUGAAAUUUUCCAAGAGCUUCAAACUCUCGACUCCCGUACCCAAAGACCUCGUUCCUAUCCUCGCGAAGGACCGGCUCAAGCAGGAAGCAAUUAUGCAACGAGCACUACAACAGGGCGAAGACAAGGCCACGCCGAAGGUCACUACACCUCCAACAGAACAACAGCUUCCUACUCGUGGUGCCGGACCUACUGGUGCUGUGCCCCCAUCUGCACCUGCUGACCGUCAAAACUACAACCGCACUCGCCAGGGCUAUCCUCCCACAGGGCCCCUCGCUGGCGCUGGUGGAAGGUUCCCCCAGCAAGGCGUUCAGUCGGGACGCUCUGGCGUUGGCAUGCUCAGUCAUCGACUGGCAGACAACCUGCAGCAACGAAAGGGCGCGGGAAUGGGUCCUGUUCCCACUCCCCUGCCCAUUCAGGAUGCCCGUGCACCCCCAACUGGUCCUGCCAGCGAGCAACAAAGAAUUACCAGCCCCGUCAAAUCGCAGGCCGGGUCUUCUGCGGCCACCAAAUUCAAUGUCAAAGCUAUGGAGUUCAAGCCAAACCCCGCAGCGAGCACUUUCACGCCUGGUACCUCGGCGGCUACUGCAAGCCCUCGUCCUUUCUCGCGUAACCACUCUGUGUCACGCGCCACAACGCCGACUGCAUUCUUUGGCCCACGGAAGCCACUGCCUAUUUCUGAACGACCCUCGAUUAGUGACCAAUUCAACCCCAUCAAGCGCAUGAAGAAGGAGAACGUCGAGAGCGUUGACAGGUUGGUUCUGUUGAAUGGAGGUAUCCCACCGCCCUACAAGACUUCGCCAACAUGGGACGUCGCCAAUGGCAAUGAAGAUAAGACGUACGAUCAGAUGUUCAAACAGCCUGUCGGCGUACCGACUGUAUCGCCCCAGGGCCGAUCCGCCUCUAACAACACCAACAUUCCCCAGCAACACCCGGUGCCCUUCCACUUCCAGCAAGGUACCCCAGCUAUGCCGCCAUCUUCCGGUCCUGCGAAUGGACCCCAUGGACUUCACUCUCAGGGUCCCCAUGGCCCGUCUCAUGUGGAUGAUCAUCACCGCAUGCAGCUGUCCGCGUCAAACUCCCAGGUUUUCCCGUCCCCGCGGAUGCAGCAUGGAUACCCGUCUCCCAUGGCCCCCCAUGCCCAGCUUUCCUUCGCACCAGCGAUGCCUCAGUUUUACGGUGGCCCUCAACCUGGCCACAUGAGACCUUUCCAAGGUGGAGGCCCUCAGUUUGUGAAUGGUGCUCCUAUGAUGGUACAGCAGGCCUCGAAUGGACCCUACAUGGGAGUCCCGCAAGGGAUGACCCCGUAUAACGCACAGAUGCCCAUGUACUCCCCGAACCCAGGCCAUGCCUAUCCCCAGCAUACACCACAGCCGCAUAGUGGGUACCCAAGCCCUAGCCGUGGAGCACCGAUGAUGAUGCACCAGAACUCGCAAUCUGGGCAGCCUCCUCAAUCAGUAAUGUUUAUACCCGGUCAACCCGGAUAUCCCCAGCAAUCGGGACACAUGCCUCCCAACCGUGGCAACUACCCGCAGCAGCCCCACUUUUCCUCAAGCCCUCAUCAACCGCAUCAUUUCCCACCUAACCAGCAUCGGACACCCAGCAACGGCUUCAACCAAAUGCCUCAAAUGCCACCCCAGAUGUCUGCCAAUACCCCAGCACCUACCCCUGGAGCCUCUCACCCGGCCGAGGCAACGGAUGAAGGAAAAUGA